AUGACGUCCUUUGUUGCCCUCAACAUCGAGCCAGAUGACUACAGCGAAGAGGAAGUCGAUGAUACGAAGGAAAUUCAAAUCGAAGAAGCUUUAAAACUUUAUCACAAUGCCUUGAAGCUUCACUCUCAAGGGCCACAAUUCUAUGACCAGGCCUCGGAGGCAUAUGAAGCCCUAUUUAAAUCCGAAAUAUUCAACUACCCGGAGUCGAUUUCGGAGUACAAGAGGAGUCAACUUGAAGGCCCUGAUACCCAAUAUGAAAGCUUCCUUGAGAAAACGGCUCCGGGAUCAGCUGUUCCCCUAGAUGCCAGUGAUACAAUAUCCAGUGCUUUACCCCAGACACUUUACCUGUCUCACAAAAACCGCGGCCAGUUUAUGCUAGAUCACCUGGGGCAUUUACUACGCACCAAAAGAUCGAAGGCUGAUGACGGCUAUGAAUCCAUUGUUGAUAUAUCUGCAACGUCUAGUUCAGCAAUCAAGUCAUUCGCUGAAGCCUUGGAGAGGGACGAUACGGACUUGGAACUAUGGAGGAAAAGCGCUAGAAUUGGAGAUGCUCUCCAAAGUAAUCGCCUCGCCAGAUUUUGCCUAGAGAGUGUGUUGGAAGGCGAUGAUGAUGGGUUUGAUGACGGGUUCGAACAGCUAGGUUUGGAGCAAGCUUUUGCGAUUGAAGAUCUCCGGCAAGUCCUCAACAUCCUCAGCGACGAGCUGUCUAUGUUACAACGCCCACAAAGGCGGCCAAGAAAAGCUAUUCUCCGUCUUCUGCAGAAGCAAACCGAUUCUUUCCCUUAUCUUCCAAGAGGACUAAGUGUUCCGAGUACGUUUCGGAACCUGCUUGGAGUUCCACCUAGCCGCCAUGUGGUUUCACUUACUUGUGCAAGCUGGACAGCACUAGGUGGAGCUGUCCUGCAAGCUUUACGAGAUGAACAAGAGGGAAGGAGUAGUUUAACUCCAGGAGCAGCCCUAGGAAUUUCCGUUCAGGAUUGCCGUGAGUUAAUUGAGAUUUCUCCGUUCUCCCUUCCUCUUCUUCAACGGAAUGCCGCAACAGCAAAACAAGGGGAUAGAGCCAACCAAAGUUUGGAUAUUGGGGUUCCUGAUGCGGGGGAGCUCCAUCAUGCCCUUCGUUUGUCGGCAGAGAGCUCUAAUAAGGACCGUGCGUCGAUCGCUUCUGAUAGCGAUAAUAGAGAACCUAGUCCUCAUCCAGAACAGGUUUCCGAGACAUACCUUGAAAGUCCCCAACACAAAGUUGAUGAGAAACCAGAGGAGAAGAUAUCACUGCUAGCGCAGGAUGAAGCCAAGCAGACAACGGCGGCACCGCAGUCUCGGAAAAGAUCUUCUGCGUCGGCCGGCAAUGACGAGCAUCCAGAUGGUGGAAGAAUGAAAAGCCGUCGUAUUCGAGCUCGCGAAUCAAAUGCCGAAGUCCACGCGCCAUCGGCGCCUGUACCAUUUGAUGCAGCUAAAUACUUUGAGGAGCACCUAGAACAGUAUGUGCAUGCUGACCAGUGGAUGUUUGGAGUAGUGGGCGCUUUGUUGUCCAAGGCUGGCGUCGAGGAUCUGGGAACGAUUGAUGAACUGCAAGAUAUUUUGUGCUCCGAUAGCGAUCAGGAACUUCCAGAUAACAACAUCCGGGACUAUAUCGCCCAACGUGUCCUUUACAAUGACCUUCGAAAAAUAAUAGAAAUAUGGGACGAUAAAAUAGCUCAAGUCGCUUUAAAUAGUGAUAUAUUUUCUAUGGAUUCGACAGACGGCAUAGAUGGAACAAAAAGAUCUGGAAUGAGUAUAUUUCUUGACCAUUCACGGCAAUGUCAUCCAAAUCCCGACGAAGUGAUUACUCUCGUAGAGGAUGAUGGGUUGUCGCCUUUUCUGGAGCAUAUUAAUGGUGGAUGGUUUUGCCCCCGUGAGGCUGCAUUUCUGUGGCUGGAACAGCACCUGAAGCCUAAUCCCGCUGAUCAAUUGCCAUCGGAAAGGGAGAACCAGCUGAUGGGAUGUUCUUCCUAUACGAAUCGGCUUUGGACCAAGGAUAUGAAAGAAGCAGCCUUGAAAAUCCUCACGGAGAAUGACGAAUUCAUCUAUACAAAGCUAAAUAACGACGCAAUGGCUUGGGAGCAAGCCGUACUGGCCUCCAAUUCCACAAACAACAUUUCCCCUUCUCAACUUCAGGGUUUUGCGGAGAUUACACAAAGCAUUUACGAACUACAUCUUGAUAUAUACGCCUCAAUGAACGGAGCUGGCAGUGCUGAUGGCGAUCAUUUAAAAGUUCUAGAAGAACGAGAUCGUCUUGCUAGAUGGAGCACCCUCGCCCGCUCUUUUAUAAAUUAUCAGAACGAUGUAUGUUUAAACAAAGCCAUGUACAUUGCAAUUGAGCUUCGUCAUUUAUGGGCCUCUGUUUUCCACUUAAAUUUGACAGAAGAAGUCCCCCGGAACUAUGUUUUCCUUUGCCUCCAGGACUUGAGGCAUGUAUUGGUUGCCCUAGGAGGGCCAUCGAUGCUUUUGCUAAACAAUUUAACAAUGCCUGAAAUAUCCAUUUCUGCCAUAGAUGAAGAGAUUUCGAGACUCAACUCAAUGGAUUUCUUUACGAAUCUUUUCAGCUCCGAUUCCGAUGACCCUCUCCGUCUUAUUGAAAGCAUUGAACCUAUACUGGACCCCUCAUCUGUCGAAUUUGUCAAUGAAUCGUUAUCCGCCGAGGAAUUUGAAAGACCAAUGGAGAAAUCAGAGCCACGCGCGAACUAUCCAUUAAUGUCCACUAUCCAGGGCAUGAUUUCGUUUUUAGACCGGGGCGAUGCAACCUUGAGACUUUUUCUCUGGAGAAGACUUAAAGGGGCGUAUGAGUCAAUCCAAUAUUUCCCCAAAGUCGUAUCUUGCUAUCUUCGGAGCAUUGAAAUAAUUGCGGGAGAGCUUCAAAAUCCCUCAUUCCUGAAAGAAUCGAGUGAACAUCGGCAGAUUUCGCUACUGAAAUGGAUUAAAACCCUUGAUGAUUUGCUAAGUAAGGUGGUUGGGAAGAUGAUAGACGAACCGGAAAAAUCUUUUGAAUGCUUUGACGUGGCCCAUUUACAAUCUUCGAUGUCUGCCGUAGUUCAGAUUUCCAAACUUUUGCAUUCUUUCGCCCUAUUCGAAGACUCAAUUCGCGUUGGUCAGGUUACCGUUCCGGAUAUACGGCCAGCAUCAACAGCCAAGACCUUAGAGCAGUUCAAAGGAAGGCUGCGAGGAAUGCAGGUAAAAAUAUGGGUUUUGCUCUACGCACUACUUAGAGAAUUCAUGGAACAAAAUAAGGAGUUGUUUGACACCCCCAACGAUGACCGUAUCCAUUACUUACGCUCUGUCCAUAACGCUCUCGGAAUCCGGUCUUAUUGCAAAUAUUCCAACAAGUUGCUUUUGAGGCUUUUGAAGAAAGAGCUGUUGACUCUCCCGUCAGAGGAUAGUUAUGAAUUUGACGUCUCACAGGUUCUAUUUGACUUGUACGGACUAAAAUUUUUGAACCUGGACGAUAUUGCGAACCAUGGGUGUCCCAUUGAAAGGCUGGAUCGUUCCUCAGCUGUUAUGAUGAUUGAUUUCGUUAUGACACAAGUCAAUAGAAUGAAUAUCAAAGAUGUGCACAAAUCGGAAUUGAAACCGACUAUAGACACCAUGCAGAUGGCUAUUGGCCGGGCUACCAAGUUCUCUACUCCGCUGACUUUCAACAAACGUGUCUUGUCAGCGUUCUUGAAAUCACCAAUCAAUCCAUCGGACCUCUUUCGUGCUGUUCAAGGCAUCGGAGAGGUAUCAAUGAUACCUGUUCAGACAGAUAGCCUUGAGCUUGCGGAAAAGGGUUGGUACUUCCUCCUCGGUUCUAUAUUUUUGUCGAAAUUUCGUGCACAGAAGAGAAUAACUGCAAUCCCAACGGACGAUUUGGAUGUUGCAGCGUCUUUUUUCAGGCAAGAGUUGGAACAUGGAACAGGUAAAUGGGAGACAUGGUACCGCCUGGCUCAAGUGUAUGACUUGAAACUAGAAGAGGAUAUCGCUUGGUCCGCUGACAAGUUGAACAACAAUCGAUCAGACCUGGCGGUUUUACAGCGGAGGGCGAUACACUGCUUCACCAUGGCAGUUGCAGCUGCCAUACGAACAGCAGACUCGUCACCUGAAAGUAAAAGAAAGAUAUCUGACCUAUACACGGAAUUUGGAUUCCGGAUGUAUGCAUCAGCGACAGAACCAUUGUCCAUGGAAGCUUUUAGUCUGAUGGAAUUUACGAGACAUUACACAAGUGGCGAAAACCAACAAAUGUACAAGGCAAAACUAUUCCCAGAUAUGAACAAGUAUUCUGCAUGGAACUUUGCAAGUUACCUUUUCCGACGAGCGACCGAUGACCGGCCUAAUUAUUGGAAGAACUAUUACAUGUUUAGUAAAUGUCUAUGGAAAAUGUUCUGCUGCGAUGGUGCCACAAGGGGGCAGCGUUCUCCAGUGGAGUUUGACGAUGUACUAGAUUCGCUGGUUGAUGCAAUUGAAGCGUUGCCAUCUAAAAGGGACAGUCGCUCGGAUCCAAUACUUGAGCCUCAUUUCAAGCUCGUAUCUAUUGUUCACAAGCUGGUUCAGAGAGGAAUUUUGAAGGCCGAGGAUGCAAGGGAACGACUUCUUGCUACGCCUUAUGCACGGAAUGUGAACCUAAAUAACGACGGCUGGAAACCGUAUAUCCUGGAAGUAUUGAGAAACCUUCGAAGCGCGGACAAAUCAAAUUGGCACCAUCGCAUUGUUUUACGCGUAAGCCAUCUCUCAUCCCUUCUAACUAGUACUUUUUUUGCUGACGGUGAUCAGGCUGCGCACGUACUUUAUGAUGAUUCCAAGGACGACUCAUCUGCUAUGGCAGCCAAAUCCGAGAUUUCGCAGCAGAUAUUUACCAAAACAAUGACCCUUCAAGUUUGGAGACCGGAAAACGAACGCGCUGGCAGGCACUUUGUUUAUACGACUCGAUACGUGUACUUUUUCGUUGGCCUUUUAAACCAGCUGAAUGAUCGAGCAAACUUGGAUAUGCUCAUUCGGCGCGUGCGAAGGAAACCGAACGACUAUGUCCACCAUUCUAAGCUCUGGGAAGAUAUAUGCUUAACUUAUGUCAAACUUUUCCGCCGUGUCGGUGAGAUUCCAGAAGGGCAUGAAGAGACUGUUUUCAAACUUGUCAGCCACGACGAGUUCGCCAUUCAUUGCAAACGCCUAGAAGACUGGUGUCAGCAUCAUUCUUCCGAAACACAGCUGGUGGAUUUGCUCAAGGAUGCUGUUGAACUGAAAAAGCUGAACAAUGGUCUUAUGAAAACUGCGAUAUUCGAAGAACUUGUCGCAGACACCUACGCAGUCCUCUUCCAGAGUAAUAUAUCCAAAUUCAUGGAGCAGGCAACUGAAGAAGAAAACCAUGAACGGAUGAAGGUAGAUCAUCUCCUUAUGGUCGGUGAAGGGCCUGAGGGCAACCGAACACCACCGGUCUCCGCGACUCACGCGCAACCCGGGCCCAAGCCGCGUUUUAAGGGAGUAACGCGUAAAGAGCUCCAACGGAAAGCCGAAGCAAUCGCCACACGGGCCCUAGCGCCGAAACCAGCACCGAAAACCUCAGUGCGCCAAGCGGAAGAAGAGACUUCCACAGUGAAGCAACAAGAGGCCAUUGAAAUUGCGAUACCGUCACUACCUAGCAAAGAGGAGGUCUCAGGCAUCCAGAGUAGCGUUCCGGGCAGUGUGCAUGACAGCGCCGAUAAUGAAAGUGAACUUAGCGAAAUUGAUGAGGCGAAGGUAUUAGUGGAACUGGGUGAAGUGGCGACUACGAGAGCAACAACCGCCCAAGAAAACACAACAGUAAAGAGGAAUUUAUCCCCAAAACCCGCGUCGGACGGCCCGUCAACGAAUGUCAGCCUUGCUGAUGGUGCAGAGGUCGAGUCGGGUCCAGCUACUUCGGCGCAGGACACAAAAUUGGAAUUCGAACUUAAGGAGGCGGAGGUUUUAGACGUGGACAUGGAGGAAAAUGCUUGAUUGCUCGUUGGAUCGGAUUACAUGCUACUACUCGUUAUUGUAAAUAUGCGUUUGUGUUUAUUACCAUUUCGACUUCAAUCAUCUAAACGGUUUGUUUGCUACUGUUCGCUAUGGAUCAAAGAUUGUUUUCGGGGUUUACUCUAGGAAGGCAGACAGAUAUUGGGCUUCUGGGUGUGGUGGCAUUUUCAACCUGGGUUGACAUUGGACUUGGCUUGUUGCGGUGUAAUUAAUGAAGCUUCUCUCUAGACGCUAUUUCUAUCAUGUAUGUAAAACAAUGCGUUAUCAACAGACACAUUGUCGCUCACUUGG